AUGUCGGCUUAUCCGGUGCCGUAUAAUGGGUCCGAAACGGGCACUGGGGGAGACUCGUUGAGGGAGGAUCUUAACGUUUACUACAAUGCGGGUGAUAUUGCUUGGGUCAUCACUUCUACCGCUCUUGUUCUCUUGAUGAUUCCGGGAGUUGGAUUCUUCUACUCAGGUCUAGCCCGCCGAAAGUCCGCCCUCUCUCUUCUAUGGCUCUCCAUCAUGUCAGUCGGUGUGGUGUCCUUCCAAUGGUUCUUCUGGGGAUACUCGCUAGCUUUCUCGCACACGGCCGGUAAAUACAUCGGAGAUCUCAACAACUUUGGACUCAAAGGCGUCCUGGCUGCCCCGUCCGUUGGAAGUGACAAGGUCCCGGAUAUUCUGUUCUGCGUUUAUCAGGGAAUGUUUGCUUGUAUUACUGUCGCCAUCGCAGUCGGCGCCGUCGCCGAACGCGGCCGCAUGCUCCCCUGCCUCAUCUUCAUCUUCAUCUGGUCAACAAUCAUCUACGACCCCCUCGCCUGCUGGACUUGGAACUCCGCCGGCUGGGUAUACCAACUAGGCGGCCUAGACUUCGCAGGAGGAACCCCCGUGCACAUCGCUUCCGGCUCCGCAGCACUAGCCUACUCCCUGAUGCUCGGCAAGCGUCGCGGCCACGGAACCCACGAGCUCAACUACCGCCCGCACAAUGUCACCAGUGUCGUUAUUGGGACGGUUUUUCUCUGGGUAGGCUGGUUUGGGUUUAACGCGGGGUCUGCGCUGAGUGCAAAUCUGCGUGCUGUGAUGGCGGCUGUCGUGACGAAUAUUGCUGCUGGUGUUGGUGGUGUUACUUGGUGUUUGCUGGAUUAUAGGUUGGAGAAAAAGUGGUCGACUGUUGGGUUUUGCUCGGGAGUGCUUUCGGGACUGGUUGCUAUCACGCCUGGAAGUGGGUUUGUGACGCCGUGGGCGUCAUUUAUCUUUGGGGUUGUGGGAGCUGCGGGGUGCAAUUAUGCAACCAAGUUGAAGUAUUUGUUGAGGGUUGAUGACGCGUUGGAUAUUUUUGCGGUGCAUGGAAUUGGGGGGAUUCUGGGGAACAUUCUUACUGCUUUUUUUGCUGCUGACUACAUCGCGCACCUCGACGGCUCAACCGAAAUUGACGGCGGCUGGAUCAACCACAAUUACAUACAGCUCGGGUACCAGCUCGCCGACUCAGUAUCUGGCCUUGCAUACUCGUUCGUCGGCAGCUGCAUCAUCCUUUUCCUCAUCAACUUAGUCCCCGGCCUCGGUCUCCGUGCUCCGGAGGAGAAUGAAGUGAUGGGCAUUGACGAUGCCGAGAUUGGAGAGUUUGCUUAUGACUACGUCGAAAUCACCCGCGACGUGAUCAACGGCGUUGACGAGAGUUCUUCGAGACGCACUGUCACUCCAAUCGAAGGUAAUAGCACUGUUGAGACCAAGGUGGUGGGCGGUACAUAA